AUGAGUUUUGCUAGCUCGCGUGCUCUUGCUGUUGCAUCGUAUCAAGAUCGCUUUGACAUUUUCAUUCUGAAUCAACGUGCAUCACGAACAUCCUUUGAUCCGUUUGUCGGGAUGGGCUCAGUUACUGAAGAAGGCAUCUUGUGGCAUAUGGAAUUCUUACACACCGAACAUGCCACUCCAGAUCGUAUUGUACUGUGUACAGUUGUUUAUAAUGAUAUUGAACGGCUUUGUCGCGUGAUUGUAUACAUUAUUGACGCAUCCAACCCUGACGAUGUAAUUGUCCGACGCAUCGGACGACUUCCUCUUGAAAGAAAUACCCCGCUACCUGUGUUAUUGAUUCCUCUCGCUUUCAAACCGGAAACAAUGUUGUUGGUGACGGAACAAUACAUCUCUGUCUUCAAUACAGACGAUGUCGCGAGUGGCAACGUCCACUAUCCCACUAGCUUGAUACCACGUCCUUUUGGUGAGCUCGAUUGUAAGUUCCGUGGACAGAUGUUUCGCGUAGAUCUUUCGGAUCUGGAUGACAUUAGCUGGGAAUGGUUUGCUGGUAGCAAUCCCAUAGGACAAGCGAUGUGCGCGUUGGGAACGAUCCAAAUGAUGGAUGAUGACAAUGUUAUCCCGGCCGAUGUUUUAUUCUAUGUCGGGGAAAGUGCAGACAGUCAAGUGAUUGCGGUAGGCUGUUCGACAACUCGUGAUUUUUCCACCCCGUUUCCUGAGCCGAUUAUCAUGCAGACGAUGACCAACCGAGCUCCCUUGAGUAAUGCAACCAUUGCUCCAAGUAUGGAAGGUGCGCAGGACGCACUCAUUGCUUGCUCGGGUCAACACGGUGGUGGAUCGCUGAGUUUUAUCACCAACGGCAUCUCGGCCGACUUGAUUGAACCGUUCGACAGCGGGUGUCGAGGGUAG